AUGACGAAAGAUACGAUGCACUCAGAUGUUUGGGCUGGCCAAGACGUCAAAGAGCAUGCAACAAAGCUUGGCAUUGAAUACUUUCCCUCGAUUUCCUCAAUACGUAUGAUAAUACUGUUGGAAUACACUGCGGCAGCCCAAUGUACGUGCAGUCGGAAAACGGGAAUGUUCGCUAAUAUCCAUGAACUGAGGCCUGACACAUUUAGGCGAUGGAAAGACGGAUAUAACGGUGGCAGGAACUAUGCACAAAUUGAGCGACACAUUUGGACUGGCCAAGACGAUGUGCCUUAUGCUGCAAGCACGUUUAAGCUGGAUAGUAGUCAAGUGGAAAGAUAA